AUUACCUACAACUGGCUACAACUGGCAACUGGCAAGAUAUUAAUGUAUUGUUAUGUCAUCAGGUUUUACCAUAAAUUAAACUAAAAUAAAUAUUAGCUAGAAAUGUGCAGAAACCCAAGUAUUUUAUCAAUAUGUGUAGAAAAUCACGCAAAAGAUUGGAAAACUAUAAAAUCAUAGAAAAAAUGGACUAUGAAAAAAUGUUAACAAAAGGGGCGUUAAGGUCCAUGAAGAACAAUGAAAGAGUUGAAGGUCCUGUCAUGCAAGUUAUUGAUGUUAGAAAAAUGUUAAAAAACCAUUAUAAUGGUUAUGAUUCUAUAACUGUAAAUAAUUGUUAUAAUUUAACUGUUUCUGACGGUGAAAAUAUUGUAAAUUCUGUUGAGAUGGACAUUCACUUGAACAGUAUGUUUUCUACUGGAAAACUUACCAAAUUUUCCCUUAUAAAGAUAAAUAGUUAUCUUCUAACUUAUGUUAUUGAACCAGCUAAAGAACCAAGACAAGUCAUUAUUUUUUCAAAUUUGGUUGUUAUUGUACCAGGUUCUAUUAUUUUUAAGACAAUUGGUAACCCUCAAUCAAUUAGUAAUAACAUUGAACCAAUACUUAGAACGGAAGCUCCAGUUCCGACGGUUCAAGUUUACGAAGAAUCUAGAGUAUUUCAUACAACGCAAGAAAUAUGGAAAACGCUUAUAGAAAGAGGAGAAUAUUCAAGACUAUUGACAGUGGGUGCAUUACAAUUUAUCAUGGACAAUGUAGUUGAGGUCAAAUAUCCUGUCAUGCAAGUUCUCGGUAUUAGACAACUAAGAGAUAAUGUCUCAGGAUUGAAUAAAUUUCGUUUAAUUAUUUCGGACGGUCAACAUUUCAGUACUUUUGUAAUGUUAGCUACUCAGUUAAAUAAUAUGAUUACUAAUGGCAAUUUAACCAAAUUUUCAAUCAUAUAUAUAAGAAGUCAUGUAAUCAGUCAACUCGGUCAGAGUAUUACAAAAGUCAUUAUCCUUACGGAUUUGGUUUGUUUGGUUGUUCGUCCGGGUGGAAUGAUUGGUGAUCCUAAACCAAUCAGACAGAUUUCAGGUCAAGUAGUUGAUAAUAGUAUACCUGCUUCAACUGAUGCAAUUCCUGAACCAAUUGUUGAAAUUGACACUUUAGCACCUCCAAUAUCACCAAUAGAUCAAGAUCAGGAAGUGGCGAAUUUGCCUUUGAAUUUAGAUAUGUUACACAUUUUUUAAUUUAUUUUUUUGUUUGACAUAUUUUUAUUUUUCAUUUUGCAACAUAAUAUUAUUAUCAUAAUACAUUAUUAUUUAAAUUCUUUACACAGAAUUUAUAGUCUUAAUUAAAAAUAUGUUUCGUUUUUCACAAUAGUUUCACUAACGUAUUAACAAUAUAAUCAGUAAUCACUGUAAUUAUAAAUCAUUAAAAAUUAUAAAAUUAUUUUUUUUUAAUAAAUCGUAAUUGACUUUAAAUUGUUUACCUCAAAUUACCCAAA